AUGGCGACUCAUACUAUGGCCAUCCACAAGAAUGAUAAUCAGAAUUGGUACUUGCAGAUCAGGAACAUCAAUGGAGUCCUCAAUCAAUGGCUGUUCAGACCGGAUAAUUCGAUAGAAACACAUGUUCCCGAUGAGUACAAAGGCUUGCCCCAAAGUGUUAUCAUGUUUUCAAAGGUAAUGUCCCAAUCUGAAAAGAGCGAACUUGACCCGAUCCAUGAUGCGAUCCUGCAAGCCCCGGUCUUGAUCAAUCCACUCCAUCCCCCUCCGGGAUUUGAUCUUGAGAGCGUUAUGAGCCAUCCAGCAACUCUGCUCAGGAUUCCAGAGUACCCACCCGGUGAUCCGAACUUGCUGGGAAUUAACGAAGGCGUAAUUGCUGAAAUGGACGGAACAGACAGGCUGUUGGCGAUGUGGGACGUACUUCUGGACCUUGGCGAUCAGCCAGGUAUAACCUUACUAGACGCAAUUGCAGAAGUGGGCGAAGAUCUUUUGAUCUGGGUGGCUGCAAGCGCCAUGCGAACAGCCGGCAUUCCACUGCCUCGAGCCACCAACAAGGUCUUCAAGUUCCCACACAUGCAAGGACUCGCAAAAGCCAUUGAGCAAAAUGCGGACUUCACUAUCGCAUUCAGCAACUACACUAGUUCCAAUUGGAAACUCUACGAGCUUCAAACCAAGCAAAAUACAAUAGUGACUUCUACCCGUCUUCCAGGUAAAGUUCUCCCUGAUAAUAGCGGCAUGUCGUUCCUCUCAUUAUAUGAGAGUUACAACUGGCUCAUCUCGGAAGGAUACACCAACAUAAUCUCCUAUAGAGCGCUAUACACGACGCCUGAUGUUGAUUUCCCUUGGCAGAUAACGUUCACGCCUGUUACUGGACAUUCAACAUUGAGUUUAGGCAUGAAGAUUACCAGUGAUAAAAUUAGGUUAAAUAGUGAUUAUAGUGUAGUGUACAGAGUCGCUAUCUUAGAAUCGUCUCAUAUUUUAAUACCUACUAGCUAA